UCUUUUGGUCCCUGUCAGCCUUCCACCAUUGGAAAUUGAAUAUCUUUAGAAUUUUGACUAUUUGCUUUGGGACUUCAUAACUUAACUAGCAGAUUUGACCUUGGGAUCCGAAUGUCUCACCUAUCUGACAUUUAUGUUUUGGUUUUAUUUAACUUUUGAAUAUUAUCUGUUCACGCAGCCAGAUGUUACAACAUAGUCAAGUCACAACAAUUACAAAGUUACAACCACAAAACUUCCAGCUUUCACAAAGGAAAGGUCAGUUCCUUCCCAACAACCACAUCACGUUGCCUUGACAUUUAAACAAUGAGUGACCCUUCGCACUGAGAGGCUGAAUCCAUUUAAAUUCCUCACGUAUGCCAAAGUUUAAACUUUAAAUAAACUUUAUUAGUACAGUGGGAGGAAACAGACAAUCCGAAGAGACAUUUUAAAGCAUUUUUAAAAGCUCAGGUUUGAAGUUCACAGUGAAUAUUUUUGUACAUUCAUUGGUCCAACUCUUAUCUUUUUUAAGGAAGUCCCAUCAAGAUAUAUUUCCAUCUGGCUGCAAAAUCAACUGCGUGAUUAAAGAGUCAGACAUUUUUUUAAGUCAGGUUUGCUGUGAGGUCGCACCUGCAGCUCACUGAGGGAAACGAAACUUCAGCCACAGUGUCUGUUGAUCUGGAGACGUGUGACUCUCCCUCGGUGCAGCCAUGGCAGACAGCUCGAACUGUUUCUACUGUCGGGAAGACCUCGGGGGGAAGAGGUUCGUCCGCAGCGAGGGGAAGCCCGUGUGUGUCCGCUGCCACACCAAGUUCUGCGCCAACUCCUGCGCCCAGUGCCACCGACCCAUCUCUGUGGAAACCAAGGAGCUCAGCCAUAAGGGCAAGUACUGGCACGAGGAGUGUUUCCGCUGUACCAAGUGUUACAAGCCCCUGGCUAAGGAGCCCUUCAGCACCAAGGACGACCGCAUCAUGUGUGGAAAGUGCUGCUCCAGAGAGGACGCUCAACGCUGCCACUGCUGCUAUAAACCCAUCCUGGCUGGCACAGAGAGCGUGGAGUACAAAGGCAACUCGUGGCACGACGAAUGCUUCACCUGCUUCAACUGUAAACAACCAAUCGGGUCGCAGAGUUUCCUCUCCAAAGGGACUGACGUCUACUGCAGCCCCUGCUACGACAAGAAGUUCGCCAAACACUGCGUCUGCUGCAAGAAGGCCAUAACCACUGGAGGAGUGAACUACCAGGACCAGCCGUGGCACAGCCACUGUUUCGUGUGCAGCUCCUGCUCCAAGCCUCUGGCAGGGACGAGCUUCACAACCCACCAGGAUCAGGUGUUCUGUGUCGACUGCUACAAGAACUCUGUGGCCAAGAAGUGCAGCGGCUGCCAGAACGCCAUCACUGGUUUCGGUAAAGGAGUGAACGUUGUGAACUACGAGGGCGGCUCCUGGCACGAGUACUGCUUCAACUGUAAGAGAUGCUCCCUCAGUCUGUCCAACAAGCCCUUUGUCAUGAAGGGACGAGACAUCCUCUGCUCCGAGUGCGGAGACAAGUAGAGACGGACACCCACCGUCUCACAGCAGUGAAACAUUGUCUUUAAGUUUGUUUGAUGUUGUGUGUCGCAGACGUUUGCUUGUGUUGUUUGAAAUUCAGAAAUCCAUGCUUGUGUUUUAGAUAAGUACAUUUGAAACACAUUUCUUAAAUCAGGAGGAUUUCAAUUGUAUUUUUUUCAUCUAUUUUUUAGCACAAACAAAUCCUGCUUAUAUUAGUGACUUUAACGUCUUGUUAAUAUCUUGAUGGUUGACCAAAAAUUGUUUUUUAAUAAUCAAAUUUGUAUCUUCUAAAUACCAAGGGAUUAAUGUGGUUAUUGUGUUUUUUUCUGAGUAAAUAAACUUUUAUGCACUUUUCUACUGUCUGUUUUUCCUUAAAGGAAAGAUGACGAAUAAAUAUAAAAUUGAAAUGUAUUGAAAUUGCAUGCUUUAAUAUGUUUAUAUGAAAUAAACUUUAUACAAAACAGA